GUCAGUUUGCUGCUGUCCCUGGUGAGAACAAGUUGCACGAGUGUCCCCAGGGUCUGCGUGGGAGGAGGUGGCCAAAGGGCAGGAUUCAGAGUGGUGUGGAAACAUACAGUGAGCCCGUGAGUGCUGUCUGUUGAUUGCACUGAUCCAAGAGGACUGAAGGAGGCCAGAAGAGGUUCAGAAGAUGUUUUGGAGGAAGGUCCACAGAACGUGCUGUUAGAUUUGAGGGUGCUGGGAUCUUCAAUGGCAGGAGAAGGCGUGAUCAGAAGACCGAGAUGAAUUAUAACACUAUUCUAGAAGAGAUUCUUAUUAAAAGGUCACAGCAGAAAAAGAAGACGUCACCCUUGAACUACAAAGAGAGACUUUUUGUCCUUACGAAGUCCAUGCUGACCUACUACGAGGGUCGCGCAGAGAAAAAAUACAGGAAAGGGUUUAUUGACAUUUCCAAGAUCAAGUGUGUGGAAAUAGUGAAGAAUGAUGACGCUGUCAUCCCCUGUCAGAACAAGUACCCGUUUCAGGUUGUCCACGACGCUAACACCCUGUACGUUUUCGCACCGAGUGCGCAGAGCAGGGACCAGUGGGUGAAGAAGCUAAAAGAAGAAAUAAAGAACAACAAUAAUAUUAUGAUUAAAUAUCAUCCUAAAUUCUGGGCAGACGGAAGUUAUCAGUGUUGCAGACAAACCGAAAAACUAGCUCCUGGGUGCGAAAAAUAUACUCUAUUUGAGAGUAGUAUACGAAAAGCACUACCUCCAGCUCCAGAAACCAAGAAGAGGAGGCCUCCGCCGCCGAUUCCGCCUGAAGAAGACAGCGGCGAGGAGAUCGUCGUGGCCAUGUAUGAUUUCCAGGCCACGGAGGCGCACGACCUCAGGCUGGAGAGGGGCCAGGAGUACGUCAUCGUGGAGAAGAACGACGUGCACUGGUGGAGGGCCCGGGACAGAUACGGGAGUGAAGGCUAUAUCCCAAGUAAUUAUGUAACAGGAAAGAAAUCAAACAACUUAGAUCAAUAUGAGUGGUACUGCAGAAAUACCAACAGAAGCAAGGCCGAGCAGCUGCUCCGGACUGAGGAUAAAGAAGGUGGCUUUAUGGUAAGGGACUCCAGCCAGCCCGGCUUGUACACAGUCUCUCUGUACACCAAGUUUGGAGGAGAGGGCUCGUCGGGGUUCAGGCAUUACCACAUAAAGGAAACGACAACAUCUCCCAAGAAGUAUUACCUGGCAGAAAAACAUGCUUUCAGCUCGAUUCCUGAGAUUAUUGAGUAUCAUAAGCACAAUGCAGCCGGACUCGUCACGAGGCUGCGGUACCCAGUCAGUACCAAGGGGAGGAAUGCGCCCACCACGGCGGGGUUCAGCUAUGAGAAAUGGGAGAUCAACCCUUCCGAGCUGACCUUUAUGCGGGAGCUGGGCAGCGGGCUGUUCGGGGUGGUGAGGCUGGGCAAGUGGCGAGCCCAGUACAAAGUGGCCAUCAAGGCCAUCCGCGAAGGCGCCAUGUGUGAGGAGGACUUCAUAGAGGAGGCCAAAGUGAUGAUGAAGCUGACGCACCCGAAGCUGGUGCAGCUGUACGGGGUCUGCACCCAGCAGAAGCCCAUCUACAUCGUCGCCGAAUUCAUGGAGAGGGGCUGCCUGCUCAACUUCCUCCGGCAGAGACAAGGCCACUUCAGCAGGGACGUGCUGCUGAGCAUGUGCCAGGACGUGUGCGAGGGCAUGGAGUACCUGGAGCGGAACAGCUUCAUCCACCGGGACCUGGCUGCCAGGAAUUGCCUAGUAAACGAGUCGGGAGUUGUGAAAGUGUCUGACUUUGGGAUGGCCAGGUACGUGCUGGACGACCAGUACACGAGCUCCUCGGGGGCCAAGUUUCCCGUGAAGUGGUGCCCGCCCGAGGUGUUCAAUUACAGCCGCUUCAGCAGCAAAUCCGACGUCUGGUCCUUCGGUGUCUUGAUGUGGGAAAUAUUUACCGAAGGCAGAAUGCCCUUUGAAAAGAACACCAAUUACGAAGUGGUGACCAUGGUUACGCGAGGCCACCGACUGCACCGGCCCAAGCUGGCGUCCAAAUACGUCUACGAGGUGAUGCUGAGGUGCUGGCAGGAGAAGCCCGAGGCGAGGCCGUCCUUCGAAGACCUGCUGCGCACCAUCGACGAGCUCGUCGAGUGUGAAGACACCCUUGGGAGAUGACCGGGUGAUGGCGUGCGGCCGGGCGCCCGGAUCCCGGAGCAGGCGGAGUCACGGCACUUGGUGGCUACUUAAUUCACGCCACCCCGACGGGUGGGUGGUUUUACUCAGAGCUGAAACACCUGAGGACACCUUCGUGUCUAGGCCGGCCUCAGCUCCGGGACCAUCUCCCCCUCAUGCCAGUGCUGCCUCAGAGCUGGCGGCAGGACGCACCCACGUCUCUCCCUCCCUCGGGCACCUGGUGCCUGCCGUGUGCCUGACACAGGCCCGGGCUAGGCUUUGCCCGUUUGGGGUGCACGUGGGACCGUGUUAGCUGGUGCCAGUCGAAGGCCAGGGUGACGGGGAGGGCAAGGUGCAGAGCCAGGUCCCAGCAGCCCUUGGCCCUUGGACUCCUGCGGAGGUCUGGGCGGGGACAUUGCUGAGAAUCGGGUUCCACCUUCCGUUUUGGAAACAUCUCCGUUUUCAAGACUGCUCUUAGUAUUAUAUUAAAAAAAACUUUGUAUUGUGUAAAUACUGUGAAUAGAUAUAAUAUAUAAAGUUAUAUAUUUAU